AUGGAUGUUUGCGUUGGGCUUGGCAAGCCGCGCCCGCGGCGGCUCUCGGGCCUCCAUGGAGACGGCGCGGGCUCCGCGCCUCCUUCACGCCGCCCGACUGAUGGUCUUCGCCGGCUCCGCCGAGCGCGACGUGGCCUUGCCAAGGCCUUCUGGGACUCGGUGACCCUGCAGCCCCCUGGAUCCCGCCUGGGCCCCGGUGGCCGCGGCACUCGCGAGACCCAGAGAAAUAUUGCUUUCCAGAUUCCACCAGGCAAUAACAAGAGUGAACAGAUAAUCCUGGAAGCUCACAAAGCUCAGAAAGCUGAAGAAAAAGAAAAAUAUCUUCAGAAGGCCAAGAGGAGGGAUGAAAUACUUGCUUUACUGCGGAAACAAAGAGAAGAGAGGAUCACAAAAGAACAGAUAUCUUGUCUGCAUAAACCAAAGACCAAAACACAUCAAGUAAGGACAAAGAGAUCUGAUUCUGACACUGAGGAUCAAGAAGCAGUAAAAGGCCUUGAAUAGUUUGGUUAAGGUGACUGACUUGGAGAUUAAAGCCUGUGUCUCUUCACUUCAGAAUGAUAUCCUGCUAACAGGCCUAUUCAGUUUUGGAAUUUAUGCAUUCCUGCAUUCCUGCUUUCAUCACAUUUCUAGUUCUUCCUAUUGAGACACAGGAUACUCUACCCAAAGGUAUGGAUGCACUUGAUGGAGCAGCUCUUCAAUCCAGCCGUAAAUUUCUCUGUACUUUGUUUGGUUAAAAGUCAAAGUAAUAAAUCUUUAAUCCAAAUAAAUGGAUUUUUAACAGCAAAUAUUUUAUUUACUUUAGAAAUUAAUUAUGGUAUGUCUGUUU